AUGAAGAAAUGCCGUACCCACAAAAAAAGUCUAACAUCUGGGCUGUCUGAUGAGCUGUCUGAGGAGGCCGGCUGGAGAUACUACUCGGAUAACGGUAUCAUGCCCAAAGAUUGCAAAGAUCUUCAAGAAAAUGGACAAACCAUCACAGGGGUGUAUGAUAUAUACCCCUACAGAACAUUAACCAUUCCAAUAAGUGUCCACUGCGACAUGACCACGAUGGGCGGUGGAUGGACGGCAAUUCAGAAACGCGUAGACGGAUCCCUGAGCUUUGACAGGAACUGGGUUGAUUAUAAGAAUGGUUUUGGUUCACCAGAACAGAAUGUCUGGAUUGGAAAUGACGUAAUCCAUAAAUUAACAAAAGAAAACACCUCAUCCCUGUAUGUGUCCAUCACUCUCCAGAAUGGUACAACGCUGUAUGAAUUGUACGACCGAUUCUCUGUCUCCGACGAAGCAGGAAAAUAUCAACUCUCUCUUGCAGGACCUGCCACAGGGACACUAGGGGACAGUAUGUUAAAUACAGGUUUUAUUUUACCGCGAUCUGUCUGUGAUGUUCUUCUCCACCCAGACAGGGUUCACGACGAGUAUAGUGGAUAUAAAUCUACUGAUCUAUUUUAA